AGUCUCGUGCGGCCACAGUGUAGAGUGGGCGUUAAAUCCAUCUUCUUCCCCAGCUCAUACAUGACUUCACGGUUAACGUUACACAAGUUGUGAAAUUUUCUGUCGCAGUCGGCCGACAAAGAUGACCGAAAGCUCCGCGAACAAGCCGUUUAACGGAGACGCCUGUCACCAGACCUCAAAUGGUAAAACAUUUAGCAAAAAUGGCUUCGUGAAGAACCACUGCCUGUUUCAACAGCCACAGAAGUAUCGCCGCCCCAGGGAGAAGAACCAUAAUAUCACUCACAACUCCAGCCUGUACAAGAAGCCCUUUGUGGAGUCAUUUGAGGAGACUCCUCUACUGGUGGCUGUGCUCACAUAUAUGGGCUAUGGCAUCCUCACCAUCUUUGGCUACCUCCGAGACUUCCUCCGCCACUGGAACAUUGAAAAGUGCCAUGUGGCCCGGGAGAGAGAGGAGCAGAAGGAUUUUGUCCCGCUCUAUCAGGACUUUGAGAACUUUUACACCAGGAACUUAUACAUGAGGAUCAGAGACAACUGGAACCGACCCAUCUGUAGCGUCCCUGGUGCCAAGAUGGACCUGGUGGAAAGAGUUUCCCACGACUACAAUUGGACCUUUGAGCACACGGGCAAAGUGGUGAACAAUGUCAUCAAUAUGGGCUCUUACAACUACCUCGGCUUUGCUGAAAACAUUGGGGCUUGUGCCGAUGCUGCUAUUGAAGUCACACAAAAGUACGGAGUUGGAGUAGGCAGCACUCGCUGUGAGAUGGGGAACCUCGACAUCCAUGAGGAGCUGGAGCAUUUGGUUGCCAGGUUCCUGGGUGUUGAGUCAUCCAUGGCUUUUGGCAUGGGCUUUGCAACCAACUCCAUGAACAUUCCUGCACUCACUGGGAAGGGUUGUCUUAUCCUUAGUGACGAGCUGAAUCAUGCAUCGCUGGUGCUUGGAGCCCGCCUGUCUGGCUCCACAAUUCGGGUCUUCAAACACAACAACAUGCAAAGCCUGGAGAAGCUUCUGAAAGAUGCUAUUGUACACGGGCAGCCAAGAACCCACCGACCUUGGAAGAAAAUCCUCAUUGUGGUGGAGGGCAUAUACAGUAUGGAGGGAUCUGUAGUGCGUCUGCCAGAGGUAAUUGCUCUGAAGAAGCGCUACAAGGCCUAUCUGUACCUGGAUGAAGCCCACAGUAUCGGGGCCCUGGGGUCUAACGGUAGGGGAGUGGUGGACUACUUUGGCAUGGAUCCCAAAGACGUGGACAUCAUGAUGGGAACAUUCACCAAGAGCUUCGGUGCUGCUGGAGGAUACAUUGGAGGCAAAAAGGAGCUGAUUGACUAUCUGCGACGCCACUCUCACAGUGCCCUGUAUGCAACCUCCAUGUCCCCUCCUGUGGCCCAGCAGAUAAUCGCUUCUAUGAAGAUCAUCAUGGGAGAGGAGGAGACCACACUAGGGGCUGAUCGCCUCAGACAGCUAUCAGAGAACACCACCUACUUCCGCAGGAAACUCCGCGACAUGGGCUUCAUCAUCUAUGGCAACGACGAUUCGCCUGUCGUACCAAUGAUGCUUUAUAUGCCUGCCAAAAUUGGGGCAUUUGGUCGGGAGAUGUUGAAGAGGAACAUCGGCACAGUGGUAGUCGGCUUCCCAGCAACACCCAUCAUCGAGUCGCGAGCACGUUUCUGCGUUUCAGCUGCUCAUACCAGAGAGAUGCUUGACACAGCAUUAGAGGCCAUCAGUGAAGUGGGUGACCUGCUGCAACUAAAAUACUCCAGACGUGAACAGCCACUUCCCUCUCUGGGAUGGAUGUCUGAGGAGAGCCUGCUGCAAGACUGAGCCACAUCAUCCCCUCCAGCCCUCGUCCCAAUUCCCUUUCCCUCCUUUAUUUUACCUUUUCUUGUCUGAUAUCCCUCAUUUUCCUCUGAGCCAGUCUCUCCACCCCACAUCUCCAUAUCCUUUCACAUCAAACUCCUGAGGACUCACCAGAAACAAAGCCUUCACCCUGGUCCACCCCGUUUUAAAACCUGCACACUAGCAUCGCUCAUUAGCCUGUGUGCAGUCUGUGACAUGUCCAGCUUCUUCACCUCUAACAGGGGAGGACCAAAAUCACCCACAUCUUUCGGUGUCCGUUGUUAAAAAGUGUGUUAAGAGCCUUUCAGUUUGUCCUAACUUAUUGUGACUGCAUUGGUCUAACGUCAAGUCUUAUUCCUAUGUACACAUUCAAUGUGCACAUAGGAUCUUAUUUGUGCAAUAGUAACAACAAUGUGGAGUUUUCUUGUCAAACAACCUAGAGCAAAGUAGACUGAUUUGUGCCAUGAGUUCCUACUUGUGCACUUGGAGAAAAAGAAAUCUGAUCAUAGCCAUUGCUAUGAUGCACUCAAAAUGAAAGAAAUUAUAAAUGUAAAUAUUAUUUAUCCCAAAGUUGGUUAAACUACCUUAGGGUAUUAUUCCAACCCUCAAAGAGAGAAUACAUUAUUUCACUGGAGUAACAUACGCAUGUUUUCUCCAUAUGUAUUUAUCUGAUGGCUUUUUUCCUAAUCAUUUUUACUUGAAUAGAGCGUACAGAAUAUUGGGUUCUUUCCCUCACCAAAGGAUAUAUAUGUAUAGAUAUAUUUUCUACCUUUUUUUUCUUAAAAUGCAAAGCAGAUGUUCCAAAAGAAAACAUUUAACAGGGAAAGAAUCCCAGGGAGCAAGACUAAGGAAUAUUUUUUACUGCUUAUUUUCUAGAAAUAUUUUUCAGCCUUAUUUACUGUUUACACCUGCACUCAAAAACUUGAGCCCAGUGUCUUUAACAUUUCUAUAAGCUAAUGAGCUACAUGUGAUUGUUUGUUUGUUUUUGUUUUUUCUCCUCUCCGUUCAGUCGUUCACACUCAUGUGCUUUCAUGUAAAUCAGCGUCAACACCCAUCUCCGAGCACAAUGACACGCUGUAACUAGGAUCUGUAUGUAUGACGACGCUUUGCCCACGUUUAUCUGAUAUACAGACAGCUUUAUUUAGUUGCCUGCUUCAGCUAUCUUACUUGUGUGAGAAAUGUAACUAUUACCUGAAAGGCAGCUCCAAAUGUUUCUCAGUGGAAGGUGUGUAUUUUAACUGACUACUUACGUGUCUUAACUUCAGUGCAGCACUACUGACAGGCAUUGUAAAUGCACAGAUGACGUAGUUACUGAAAUAUGCAAGACUUGUUUAGGUAUGCUUCAGAUGUCAUUGUUUUUCCUCAUAAUUUAUCAUCUGUGAGCAUCUGCUGGAAGGACAUUCCUUAUCAACUUGCUUUCAUUAUUAAGUGUUUGUUUUCUUUUACUGUUUUGUCUGACUUUUCUGUGAGGUCACCCCAAACAUGGCAUACAUGCCACUGUCAAACUUCCUGUUCAUAUGUGUGUUUAUGUUCUGUCACUUUAUUGAUGUGAAUUGGAGGGUGCAUCAGUGUAGCCAGUCUUAAAGCUGGCAAAUGUCUGGUAAUGUGACCAUUCCUACACGUUUAUGAAAGUGAUUACAACACAAGUUUAGAGUUGCUUUUGUUGAUGUUUAUGGCAUUUUAGCACAGCAUGCCAAGGUUUUUUGGGGUCUCUUUUCACAGUACAUCCUUUAGAAAUUAGUUGCAUUUUUCUGUUAGUCAUUCCAGUAUUGUUUUUUUUUUUUUUUAACAGAAAAUGGCUUUAAUAACAACUCAGUGAUGCAUUUGCUUUUAAUAAAUAUUAUAGAAAAGGUGGAACAUGUGACUAUGAUCUGGAAUUGCACUCUUCAGAAAAAUGUGCUCUGACAUAAAGAAUUCUUCUAGUCAAAGUUUCCUCUCAAGCUGUCUACAGCACCAUGCAGUAUGUUCAGUCUCUACAUUUCUGUCUAUGGAGGCAAAAAAUCUAAUUGCAAACAGCAACGUGACUGUUUCUCUCAGCCAGGUUUCCCUCACUGAAACUGAGGAAUUAAAGUCCAGAGAGACCUUUUCCAGUCUACCUACCACAAAUACCUGUGAACUGACCUGCAGUGACCAUUGGAAAGUUACUUAUCAGCUGCUUUUGCCCUUGGAGUUGUAUUUGGGUUGAAGAUAAACCACUUAGAGGGGUUUGUAAAGCCAUGAUGAUUGUUGACCAUGCUGUUAGAAAAAAAGUGCUAUAAAGAUUAAAUCACUUUCU